GGCGGCGUGGGGGGAGAAGACGUUGAUGCGGUGCUACCGGACCAAGCUGUCGGCGUGGACCGCUGUGUUCGUGCUGGUGCUGUGCUGGUUCUACGUGUACCCGGUGUACAAUGUCCCCCGUGAUAAGGACAUCGUGGACGAGGUGCUGAGGCAGGGGGACGUCUGGAAGAAGAACCAGACGGGCAUUGACUUGUACAGGAAGAUGUUGCGGGACUGCUGUGAUCCCCGGAGGCAGUUUGCACUGACUAAGGAGAUCGCGGCGGUGGGCAAGGUGCUGUGGUACGACGGCGAGUUUUACUACUGGCACACGGUCAACAAUGAGACGCACUCGCUGUUUGUGCAGACCAGCCCUCUGCAGCUGCCUCUGAAGAAGUGUGCGGUGGUGGGAAACGGCGGCAUCCUCAGGCACAGCCAAUGCGGACGUGACAUCGACCGUGCCGACUUCAUCAUGAGGUGUAACCUUCCACCACUUUCCAAGGAAUACGUGAAUGAUGUGGGCACCAAAACCCACUUUGUGACGGCCAACCCCAGCAUCAUUGAGAAGAGAUUCCAGAACCUCUUGUGGUCCAGAAAGGCGUUUGUCGACAGCAUGAAGGUCUACGAUUCCAGCUACAUGUACAUGCCGGCCUUCUCCACGAGGCCCGGCACGGUCCCCUCAUUGCGGGCCGCCUAUGCCCUGGCGGACUCCUCGUCCGACAUCACCAUGCUCUUCGCCAACCCGGCCUAUCUGUACAGCGUGGGCCAAUUCUGGAAGGCCCGCAACGUGCACGGCAGGCGUCUCACCACGGGGCUCUUCGUGGUCAGCCUGGCGCUGGGGCUGUGCGAGGAGGUGACCGUGUACGGCUUCUGGCCCUUCUCGGUGGACCUCGCCGAGCAGCCCAUCAGCCACCACUACUACGACGACAUGAAGCAUAACAGCUGGUUCCACGCCUUGCCCGAGGAGUUUGUGCAGCUGUGGAAGCUGCACAAGAGCGGAACGCUGCGCAUGAGGCUGGGACACUGCCCCCAACAGGAGCAGAGGAGCUAGGGCACAGCGUGGGAACCUCCUUACUUAAUGCCAACAUCAAAUAUUCAUACAUUUACGUAUCGUGUCUCCAUCCAAGCCUCUUGGGAUUCAUUCUAGUGAAGGCGGCGGGUUGAUACUGUUUCUUCUUGGCAUAUGAGCCAGCUGAACCAAAACCCCCAACGACACUCCCGUUAUACCUCCCCCCAAUCGUCAAACAGAAGGCAAGGAGGAGCCGAAGGAAUUGUACGAUCCCUAUAUGAGGACAAAGGGGUGCAUGCAAGGAUUUAUUUUUGCUAGUUUUGUUUAGCUCAGAUGCCAAAUGAGGUUUCUACGUCAACAUGGAUGGCCAAUCAAGUCAAUGGAAAAGAUGUCCGCGUUGCCUUUUUGGAAUGUCAUUCUCAUGAUGCAAUAGGAAACCCGUAAAGCACAAAUGCCACAUAGAUCUCAUAUUGCUUCUUGCAAAUGCUUUAGGGGGAAUUGCACUUUUCUUUUUUUACAUUUUGCUUAUUAAUCACAAUCCUUAUGUGAGACAAGAACACGUCUUUCUCUUUUCUGUGCGUUCUAAAUGGUGAAAAACCUCUAGCAAGAGGUGUGGAUUCACCUAUUUAGCCUAUAAAGCCCUCUAAAAAACUAGCAACGUUUUAUAUGCAUGCUGUAAGUAUUAUGUAAUGUUGUAACACUGGCACAUUGAUGACAACAUGUAACAUUUACAAUAUUUUGCCCCUUUUAAAAAUUACCGGAACUUCUUUCCUGGGUGCGUUCGCAGAGCGCAUAACAAUCGCGACUUCCGUCAACAACAUCAGGAGCACUUUUUGUGUUUGCCACCACUACCGUAUUUUUCGGAGUAUAAGUCACUCUGGAGUAUAAGUCGCACCGGCCGAAAAUGCAUAAUAAAGAAAGAAAAAAACAUAUAUAAGUCGCACUGGAGUAUAAGUCGCAUUUUUGGGGGAAAUUUAUUUGAUAAAACCCAACACCAAGAAUAGACAUUUGAAAGGCAAUUUAAAAUAAAUAAAGAAUAGUGAACAACAAGCUGAUUAAGUGUACGUUAUAUGACGCAUAAAUAACCAACUGAGAACGUGCCUGGUAUGUUAACGUAACAUAUUAUGGUAAGAGUCAUUCAAAUAACUAUAACAUAUAGAACAUGCUAUACGUUUACCAAACAAUCUGUCACUCCUAACUGCUAAAUCUGAUGAAAUCUUAUACGUCUAGUCUCUUACGUGAAUGAGCUAAAUAAUAUUAUUUGAUAUUAUACGGUAAUGUGUUAAUAAUUUCACUCAUAAGUCGCUCCUGAGUAUAAGUCGCACCCCCGGCCAAACUAUGAAAAAAAACUGCGACUUAUAGUCCGAAAAAUACGGUAAUCAUAGCAGACUUUGUGAGAGACGACGACCACUUUACUGAAUAUGCGGAGGAGGAGCUUAAAGUGUGUCCAAAGUGCGGCCCGCAGCUACGUUUUUGCAAGCUCAUGGCACAUUCUAUAAAUACUCUUACUAAGAAGAAAAACAAACCUAAGUGAAAUAAAAAAGCAAACGUAAUGUAACAAGAAAAAGUUUAAAUAUUGAUGCUAACACAAAGCUAACACUCACUCUUUGUUUUCUCUAAAAAUAAAUCCAUAUAUUGUUUGAAUAUUUAAAACCUUGGAUUACAUUUGAUUUUUCAUUUUGUGGCCCUCAGUGGAAAACGUUUAGACAACCCUGUUUUACAAGCUGGAUGUUAAGCAGUUCCAGCUAUAGUGAAGCACGAAGCCGUUGUCCUAUCAUUAGCAUUUAGCACGAGUGCUAUACGCUUAAUCGACAACAUACUCAGUUACUUACAAUAUCUGCUGUCAUCAUGUCAACUGAUGGGAUGGUUGUGUCUUUCAGCACAAUACUUCAGCAUCAGCAUAGUCCUCAGGUUAAAAACAUUUAGUAUUCUAAGCGUUGUUUUCGGGUCUAAGUUGAGAGACGCUAUCCACUAAUUUAGUCGGUCUGGAGUUUUAACUGGUAGCGUGUAGAAUCUUUAAAGUUGACCAACUUUUCGUCUCGUGGUCACAACCAUUUACUAUACCAGUGGUUCUCAACCUUUUUUCAGUGAUGUACCCCAUGUGAAUUUUUUUUUAAUUCAAGUACCCCCUAAUCAGAGCAAAGCAUUUUUGUUUGAAAAAAAGAGACAAAGAAGUAAAAUACAGCACUAUGUCAUCAGUUUCUGAUUUAUCAAAUUGUAUAACAGUGCAAAAUAUUGCUCAUUUGUAGUGGUCUUUCUUGAACUAUUUGGAAAAAAAGAUAGGUUUUUAUUUAUAUUUAUAGAGGAUUUUUGAAUUGUUGCUAUUUUUAGAAUAUUUUGAAAAAAUCUCACGUACCCCUUGGCAUACCUUCAAGUACCCCCAGGGGUACGCGUACCCCCAUUUGAGAACCACUGUACUAUACUAUAAGCUCGUAUUAACUUUUAAAAGCUCGGAGGUAAUUCAGCACCAGUAGUAGUUAGCUAGGAGCAGUAUGAGUGUAUGUGUUACUACACCAGAAAAGUAGUUCCUUGACAAUACAAUAAUCAUUUCGCUAUAGCUUGUUUAAUGCAGGUCACAGCAUGUAAAUUCAGCGUUGUUGCCAGGUUUAUAUGUUUCUUUUAGAUGGAAUAGAUUAAUCUCCAUUACAUGCGUUGUUAGCCACCUCUUGCCAACAUUUUUUUUACUAUUUAGAAUGCACAGAAAAGAGAAAGAUGUGAUGAUGGGAAAAAUUCCCCCAAAAAUGCAGUUCCCCUUUCAGGCUGAAAUAUAGCUAUGCGACGCGAGAGCAUAUUUCAGCCAUGCUGUGUGCGCACGUCAAUAUAUGCUAGGUCUUUAUUGCCAUUGCACAAGUACAACGAAAUGUUGUUUUCAGCACAAACCCGUUCAAGAUUAGACAAAUAAAUAGUGUACAGGAGUACAGAACAGGAAUAGAAAAGCAUGUAUACCGUAUUUUCCGCACUAUAAGGCGCACCUAAAAACCACAAAUUUUCUCAAAAGCUGACAGUGCGCCUUAUAACCCGGUGCGCUUUAUAUAUGGAUAAAUAUUAAGAUUCAUUUUCAUAAAGUUUCGGUCUCGCAACUUCGGUAAACAGCCGCCAUCUUUUUUCCCGGUAGAACAGGAAGCGUUUCUUCUUCUACGCAAGCAACCGUCAAGGUAAGCACCCGCCCCCAUAGAACAGGAAGCGCUUCUUCUUCUACUGUAAGCAACCACCCGCCCGUGUAGAAGAAGAAAAAGGGCGCGGAUAUUAUCAUUUCCUUUGUGUGUUUACAUCUGUAAAGACCACAAAAUGGCUCCUACAAAGCGACAGGGAUCCGGUUCAUGAAAAGACGCAAUCUCUCCAUCCGCACACGGAUUACUAUUUCACAGCAACUGAUAUUCCUGUGAACCGCACUGUGGAUACAACGGGAGCACGUACGGUGAAUAUUCGCAC